CGUUGCCGAUACGUGUCAUUUGCGCAUUGUUGUGAUAAAUGGAAAAUCGUUGGCGAAAAAAGAUAUUUUUGGUGCUAGUGAUCCCUACGUAAGAAUUGAUUUGAACACAAUAAAUGGUGAUAUUAAUAUUGAUUCGGUCUUAACAAAGACCAAAAAAAAAACCCUAAAUCCCACUUGGAAUGAAGAAUUCGUAUUCAGAGUAAAGCCAUCAGAACAUAAAUUAGUGUUUCAAGUUUUCGAUGAGAACCGUUUGACGCGAGAUGAUUUCCUAGGUAUGGUCGAAUUAACUCUGGUCAAUUUACCAACAGAACAAGAAGGACGCACUAUUGGACCACAAAGUUAUGCGCUUAGGCCGAGAAGGUCAGUAGGCGCUAAGUCACGUAUAAAAGGCACUUUAGAAAUUUAUCAUGCAUUCAUACAUGAGACAAGAGAAAAUGCCGAAACAAAUGCUGAAAAUGAAUGGGAGCAUGUGGAGGAUGUCUCACUUAAUGGCGCAACACAAACAGUUAAUCCAUUUACAGCAAAUGGUGGUCAAGAUCCUUUACCAGUUGGUUGGGAGGAACGUCAAGACGCUAAUGGUCGCACAUAUUACGUGAACCAUACAGCACGCACCACACAAUGGGAAAGACCAACCACAUUAACAAUCAAUAACGCGAAUGUGAAUGUAGAACAAGCAGCAUCAGAUUUCCAAAGACGUUUUCAUAUAAGUGUGGAUGACUCCGAAACAGGCAGAGCGACGGAUACCAUCAGUCAGUGUAGUCUAGAGGAAAACACAAUCUCAAGAACCCAAUCAUUAACAUCAUUAAAUUCAAACAGUUCGAACAAUUUUAAUAAUAACAGUAACAGUAGUCACAGUGAUAAUGACAGCAACAACAAUAACAACAACAACAACUCAAACAUGGAUUAUGAAAGUUUUGUUUACAAUUCACUAAGACAUCCGACUAAUAGGUCUCAAAUCUCUGCAACUAGCUUACAGACUGAUCUACGCCCAGUGCGGCAGGCACCUGGAGUACCCACUGCUCUAUCGAGACGAGCAAUGACAAAUUUGCGUAACCGCAAUAACAUGGAACGCCAACAAUCACAGCAAUCACAGCAAUCACAUUUUGGUGAACAUAUUUCAACAGACAUUUUUGGCAGUCGGCAGACCUCAAGAGAAGCGAAUGAAGAUAGUGAUCAACCUGAUAGUGGUAAUCGUUCUGAAACAUCAGCAUCAUCAACAAGAAGAAAUUCCGUGGAAGAUAACGCAGCCGUAACAGAACAAAAUUUAAAUGUUGAUGAAGAACCUUUACCUCCACGGUGGUCGAUGCAAGUUGCGCCGAAUGGACGUACCUUCUUCAUUGAUCAUGCAGCUCGUCGUACAACUUGGAUUGAUCCACGCAAUGGUCGAGCUAGUCCUAUGCCAAAUCAAACUAGACGUGUCGAAGACGACUUGGGACCGUUGCCAGAAGGUUGGGAAGAACGUAUGCAUACUGAUGGUCGUGUAUUUUAUAUUGAUCAUAAUACCCGUACAACACAAUGGGAAGAUCCAAGAUUAUCCAAUCCAAAUAUUGCUGGACAAGCUGUACCAUAUUCUCGUGAUUAUAAACAAAAAUAUGAAUACUUUAAGAGCCAUCUGAGAAAACCAACCAAUGUACCUAAUAAGUUUGAAAUACGCAUACGUCGUACAUCAAUACUGGAAGAUUCAUAUAGAAUUAUUAGCUCUGUUACCAAAACAGAUCUGCUUAAGACUAAAUUAUGGGUGGAAUUUGAAGGAGAGACAGGUUUAGAUUAUGGUGGCCUUGCAAGAGAGUGGUUCUACUUAUUAUCAAAGGAAAUGUUUAAUCCAUAUUAUGGUUUGUUUGAGUACUCAGCUAUGGAUAAUUAUACAUUACAAAUAAAUAAUGGCAGUGGGCUUUGCAAUGAAGAACAUUUGAGCUACUUUAAAUUUAUUGGUCGUAUUGCUGGUAUGGCAGUAUAUCAUGGCAAAUUGCUUGAUGCAUUCUUCAUACGUCCGUUUUAUAAAAUGAUGUUACAAAAGUCAAUUGAUCUUAAAGAUAUGGAAUCUGUUGAUACAGAAUAUUAUAAUUCACUUAUGUGGAUAAAGGAAAACGAUCCACGUAUUUUGGAAUUAACAUUUUGUGUUGAUGAGGAUACGUUUGGGCAGAAAAGUCAACACGAACUAAAACCUGGUGGUGCAAACAUUGAUGUAACGAAUGAAAACAAAGAUGAAUACAUUAAACUUGUUAUCGAAUGGCGCUUUGUAGCGCGCGUUAAAGAGCAAAUGUCCGCAUUCUUAGAUGGUUUUGGGUCCGUUAUACCUUUGAAUUUAAUAAAAAUUUUUGACGAGCAUGAGUUGGAAUUAUUAAUGUGUGGUAUACAAAAUAUAGAUGUUAAAGAUUGGCGUGAGAAUACGCUUUAUAAGGGCGAUUACCAUAUGAAUCAUAUUAUCAUACAGUGGUUCUGGCGUGCGGUGUUAUCCUUCUCUAAUGAAAUGCGUUCACGUUUAUUACAAUUUGUAACAGGAACAUCACGUGUACCCAUGAAUGGUUUUAAAGAGUUAUAUGGGUCAAAUGGUCCACAAAUGUUUACAAUUGAAAAAUGGGGAACACCAAAUAAUUAUCCCAGAGCACAUACAUGUUUCAAUCGCUUGGAUUUACCACCUUAUGAAGGUUAUGUGCAGCUUAAAGAUAAAUUAAUUAAGGCUAUCGAGGGUAGUCAAGGCUUUGCUGGAGUUGAUUAAUAGCUUCAGUCGUGUGUACGUUGGCGUGGGUGAUGGCUGCUUCAGCUGCACCAACACGACGAACACCAUUGGGAUGUUUUCUACUGAAAUGCAGCACACCCACACCCACACCCAACGACAUUUACAAC